AUGCGGGAGGUCGCCGACCUGGCAGCCAUGGCAAUCGCCCCGACAACGCGGCGCACGUACACCACUGGCGAAAGGAAGUUUACGCAAUACUGUGCGUUGCAGAGAUGGACGCCCAUGCCGGCUACAGACACGAUGCUCAGCUGCUUCGCAGCACACCUCACGCAAUCGGUUCAACCACAGACAAUUCACGUCUACAUGGCCGCAGUACGCAACAUGCAUCUCGAAGCCGGAUUCCGAGAUCCAACGAUGAACGCGUUGCUGCUGCCACGUGUUAUGCGAGGCAUCAAGAGGACGGUGACUGACCCAGCAACCCAGCGCACUCGCCUCCCAAUCACCAUUGAUUUGCUGCGGAAGCUCCUCAACCAACUCAGCCUGGACCAACGGCGUCACCAGCAGGACAAGUGCAUGCUCAAGGCGGCAAUGGUGCUCGCCUUUUUCGGAUUUCUCCGAUGCGCGGAAUUCACUGCGCCUCCGGCCGGGUUUGACCCUGCCACUCAUGCCACGCGCCAGGAUGUGACUCUGGACGUCACUCAAGGACGCACAUAUAUCCGCUUCCACAUCAAGCAAUCGAAGACGGACCAAUUCCGUCAGGGACAUGCAGUGAUAAUCGGUAGUACCACUUCACAACCUUGCCCGGUUGCUGCCCUCCUGGCAUAUUUUACAGUCUGUCCGUCUGACGCCGCUGACGCACUCUUCCGCUACCGCUCUGGGAGACCGCUGACCAGGCAGGCGCUGACAGAAGAGCUCCGACAGCUCCCACUCACGGGAACACCCAAUUCGCGCGAUUACGCCGGUCAUUCGUUCCGCAUCGGUGCCGCCACAACGGCAGCCAUGGCGGGUACCCCUGACUGGCUAAUCAGGGCAAUGGGCCGAUGGAGGAGCGACAGCGUCUUGCGCUACAUCAGGACCACCGACACAGACAUGGCGCAGCUGACCCAAAAGCUGUCAGAGGUACAAGCGCAUCACAGAACGCAUUGA